AUGAAAAUUUCAUUAAACAUUCGAAACACAAACCUAGAUAGCGAACAAAAUGAAGAACAUUGUAAUGGCGAACUGUUCGCUCCAACUUGCCAACACGGAGAGGUUGUAGUAAUCAAGAAAGCCUUGUACGGCAGGAUGAACAUUGGAAAAUGUUUAACCGAAUCUGAGUUAGAAGCCUACGGCUCUCAAAAAACUAAUCCCAAAUUUUACGGAUGUAAGAAAGAUGUGACAGCGUUUUUAUCUGAAGUAUGUUCCAUGAAGAACAGAUGUGACCUGAGGAUUACCGAUUUGGAUAAGUUCGCCAAUGGUCUAUGUCAUCCUGGGUUGAGACUGCAUCUGAAUGUUGCUUAUUCCUGUUUGAAAAAAUUUAAAGCCUCAGAACGAAGUGAAGAAUAUUGUAACGGCGAAUUUUUUAGACCGGUUUGUGAGAACGGAGAAGUGAUCUUCAUUAAGAAAGCUCAUUAUGGACGGAUGAACAUUGGAAGAUGUUUGUCGGAAGCUGGAUUAGAAGUCUUUGGCUCGCAAAGGAACAACCCGAAAUUUUUCGGCUGCUACAAGGAUGUAAGUUUAUAUUUAGACGAAAAGUGUAGUCUAAAAAAUAGUUGUGACGUGAGAAUAAAAGAAUUAGAUAAAAUAGUUGAAGGAAUUUGUGGACCAGGACUUGAAUUGCAUCUUAAGAUAAGGUACUCAUGUCUGAAAGUUGUUCAGCUGGACGACGGUUGCGAGAUGUCGGCGUCGAACGAGGUGAAGUACGUGGAGGCGUCUGAGAUAUCCAGCAGGAGCAGGUGUGCAUCGGCCGGCAAGUCAUUCAGCAUUGAAGCUCCCAGAGGUCAGAACAUCAAAAUGACUCUUCAGUUGCUCCAUCAACUCGAGAAGAAGAAGCAGGAGGGUGAGGAGGAGGAAGUGAUGUGUGAUAGAGUCCUGGGCACGAUUAAAUACCUCAACAAGGAUUACAUGAACAUUUGUAGCAAUGGAUUUGCUAGGGACAAAGAUUCCCUUGUCAAACAGGAAUUUGUCUCCAGUUCCGACCUGAUUUAUGUUAAUUUCAUUCAAAAGAUAUCAAAGAACAACAUGUUUUUAAUCAAAAUAGAAGCCGUAGGAUGCAGGGACAUAAUUCAGCCGGAAGACACGUGGAUGCAACGCAGUGGAGAUGAGAUGAUCAUCGGAUGUUUCAUGACCAAACAGAAAUGGUACCUACGCUGCUUGGACCGCGUCUGGUCUGGCGUCAUUGGGAACUGCUCCAACUCUCUGCCCCACUCAAGCGAGACCUCAUCAAGCAAAAUGAAAGCAGGUCCACAAAGCAAAUCUGACAUCUCAAAGAAACAGCAACUCCUGGUCAUCGUAUCGAUCUGCGGUAUGGGAGUGGUGGCCUGUGUGACGAUCAUAUGUGCGGGAAUCAUCUGCCUGAAAAGGUGCAACAUGAAGCAGAGGAAGAACCUGCCCAACUACUACAACUCGACACCCAACAACAUCAACGUCCAACAAACCAUGCGUCUCCACCAUCAACACCAACCUGAUCUUAUGAAUCCAGUCGUGCAACAAUACAACACAAACAUGCAGUCCCUACAACAACAACAACAACAACAACAACUUCAACUCAAAUACAACAACAUCGGGGAGGAUGGGGAUGAGGGCAGCCAACAUCUGAAAGAGGAAGACGAAAGGUAUCAAGUACUCGACCAACAGGAGGUCGCCAGGGAAACUUUGGUGCUUCUUUGAUCAGGAAUUGAAAUGAUAUUUUUAAAUUAUGUAAACCUAUAUUGGAUUUGUCUGUCAGUUAAAUUUUUUAAAUGCUUUCAUGCCAACUUCUAGUCUCAAAUCGAUUUUAGUUAUUUGUGGACGAUCCCUCGUUUGAUUUCAUCUGAAGUGGUUGCCUGGCUUCUGCAUAAACUGUUUAAAAUAAAAUCUUCGCUGUUCAUUAGAGACUGUUUGAUGUAAACGAUUCAUCGCUUAAUUAGAAUUAAUUCAAAGUUAUUAAUUAAUUAAUUAGUUUAAUUAGUUAAUUAAUUAAAUAACGUUUCAUUAGAAUUGAAAUGAAUUUUAUUUUUAACGUUAAUCUGUUACUUCUUUUUUGUGCCCAAGCAUUUUGCGAAGAUGGGCGAUUAAAUGGUUGGUUGAAUUUGAAAUAAUAAAAUGAUUUUAUUG